AUGGCCCCCAAGUCGAAUUUGGACCUGGUCACCGAAUGCGACAACUUUCCAUACCACUCACAGGAUCCUGAAAAGUUCAAGGCACUCUGGAAUGACUACUACCACUUCUACUUAGAAGGCUGUGAAGCAUGCCUGGGAUAUAUGACGCCGGCUGUUGCUGAGAAAUUCCCGCUCACUCAACAUUGGAGGCUCGACGAAUUGAACAGACGCUUGAUCUUCCAGCCGCGAGACGAAAACGCAGCACCAGUGACAAAUUUCGACAAGCGCAAUGACAUUCUAGCGGAAUAUCUGCAACACGUCCGAGAACAGCGCAUCUUUGGUGUCCUCUCUGGCUGGCGGGACGAGCGAUACCCGAUAUAUGGUCCCAACAGAGAACUCCUGCUGAGCAUGGAAAGGUCGGCCACGCCACUCUUCGGAGUCGUGACUUAUGGUGUACACAUGACCGGGUAUGUGGAGACUGACGAGGGUAUGAAGAUUUGGGCGCCUCGACGGGCUUUGACCAAACAGACAUAUCCCGGCAUGAUGGACAACACCGUCGCUGGAGGUCUGAGCACUGGAGAAAAGCCCUUCGAGUGUCUGGUUAGAGAGUGCGAGGAGGAAGCAUCACUGCCGGAGGAUCUUGUGCGCACAGCGCAGGCUUGCGGGACGUUGACAUAUUUCCAUGUCCGAGAUUCGAGAGCGGGCGGAGAGACGGGGCUCUGUCAACCGGAGUGCCAAUACAUCUACGACUUGAAGAUGCCUCCAGAUGCGAUACCGAAGCCCGGCGACGAUGAGGCAAUCGAUUUCCAGCUGCUGACCGUGGAAGAGGUUCAGAGAGCCAUGGCCGAAGGUCGGUUUAAGCCAAAUUGUGCUCACCUGCUGCUGGAAUUUUUCGUACGACACGGGAUCCUGACGGCGGCGAACGAGCCCGACUAUAUCGAGAUCGUCACAAGACUGCAUAGAAAGUUGGAAUUCCCGACGGCCUAA